AUGCCGUCAAACAACGAGUCCGAUGAUGCCGUUGAACGGCCCCUCUUGGCGGACACCCAUGAGGAGUACGGCGGAACCGACGGCCCGGCCCCUCCCGUGCUCAUCGCCGAGGAACGCGGGGCGGGCACCUUCACGCGCAACCUUGGCGCCGUCGAGGCGUUCGCCAUCGUCAUCAGCAUCGUCAUUGGCAGCGGCGUCUUUACUUCACCAGGGUCGAUUGAUACGAACGUGCCGUCGCCUGGCGCCGCGUUGGUGGUGUGGCUCGUCGGCGGCGUUCUGGCGUGGACUGGUGCGAGCACCAUGGCCGAGCUUGGAACCGCGAUCCCGGGUGAAGGCGGCGUUCAACCCUUCCUGCAGCACAUCUACGGCGACGUCUUCGGGUUCCUUGCCGCGUGGACCUGGAUCGUGGCCGUCAUGCCCGCGACCCUUGCCAUUCUCAGCAUCGUCUUUGUCGAGAGCAUCUACUCUGCCGGUGGCGUCACUGAUCAGGCCGGUGCCAUCUCGCACAAGCUGCUUUCCAUCCUCAUUCUCAUCGUCAUGAAUGGCGCAAACUCCAUCAGCACGAAGGCCAGCACGCGUCUUAACAACUUGUUCGUGGUGACCAAGUUCGUAAGCAUCUUCGGCGUGGUACUUGCUGGUAUUGUUGUGGUUAUUCUGCAAGUCUCGGACCAUGAUCGCGAUAUUGGCGGCAGGGAUUGGUUUAGCAGGCCUUGGUUCGACAACCGGAAGACGGCCGUGCCUGGUGGUGGUGAGGUUGACUGGAACGAGGUUGGCGCAUGGGAUAUGCUUGGGUACUACUCGGCUGCCCUGUAUGGUGCACUGUGGGCGUAUUCUGGAUGGGACAAGGCUAUCUACGUUACAGCUGAGCUCCAGCACCCCGCCCGUCAGCUCCCUCUGGCCAUCAACACGGCGGUUCCGACCAUCAUCCUGUGCUUCAUCGCCGCCAACGCAGCCUACUACAUUCUCCUUCCCUGGGAGGUCGUGUCCAAGACUGAUAGCGUAGCAGUGACUGCAAUCAACCGCCUUCUCGGCCCCGGUUUCGGCAUCCUCUCUGCUGUGUUGAUUUGCCUAGUUGUCGCCGGAUCCCUGUUGGGCAACUCAUUCGUAGCAGGCCGCAUGACCGUCGCUGCAGCCAACUUCAAUUGGCUUCCCAGCUUCCUCGGCUUUGUCGGCCGCGUCGGCUUCAAAUCCGAGGAUAACUCCUCCGCAGACUCGACGGAUGAAUCGUUUCCCCCUGUCAAGGAGAAGUCAGACGCCCCGCUCAAUGCCCUCUUGCUCUCGACAGUGCUCUCAGCGUUGUACAUCCUCUUUGGUAACUUCCGCGCGCUCCUGACCUUCAACGGUCUGGGCGAGUACACGUUCUUCUUCCUAACGGUCCUGGGUGCCGUCAUCCUCCGCCUCCGUGAGCCUAAGCUGCGGAGGCCGUACAAGCCGUUUGUGUUGAUCCCUGUCGUAUUUGCGUUGGUGAGCGGCGUCGUUGUUGUCAGGGGUGCCAUCUUCGCCCCCGUCCAGGCUCUCAUUCUGAUUGUUCUCUGGCUCGUUGGCCUUGCGUUCUACUGGGCUAGAAGAAAGUACUACGCCCGACGUAUCCGGGUAGAGUGA